AGGGGAGGGGCUGAGGCAGGCCCGGGAUCCUGCCACCCCAUUGGCCAGCUGUGGAGAGAGGGCGUAGCCAGGCAGGGAUCCUGCCACCCCAUUGGCCAGCUAUGGAGAGAGGGCGUAGCCAGGCAGGGAUCCUGCCACCCAAUUGGCCAACUGUGGAGAGAGGGCGUGGCCAGGAGGGAGCCUGCCAGCUGAUUGGCCAGCAACUACUAAGGGGCGUGGCUUGAGGAAGCCUCUCAGUUCGGAGAGGUGGGAGGGGGCGGGUUUUACAACAUGCCUCGUGAUGCGAUUGGUCCGGGGAGGACGGACCCGCUCGGCCCCUGAUUGGCGAGGGGGCGGGGCCUGAGGCGGAAGCCGCUCGACUGUGAUUGGCUGGAGGCGGGGCCGGGGGUGUCAUGGCGGGUCCCGCGUGGUCCGAGCGGGUCCGGGAGCUGCUGAAGCGGAUGAACAAUUUCCACGAGCCCGGCUCGUCCCGGGACCAGUGCCUGCCGUUCCUGGUGGCGGGGCAGCGCGUGGGCUCCGUGCCCGCCCCGGUAGCCCAGCGGCUCCAGGGCUACCCGGCUGUGUUCACCGUGUGCCCCGGGCCCGGCCACGUUGAGCUCCACCCGCAGCUGGCGUCCCACGGGCAGCGCACGGCCGCCGUGGGGCAGGUGCUCACGGAGCUGCGCGACCUGGGGGCUUUCCCCUGCCUGCGUGAAUGGAGAGACGAGCUGGCCCCCUUGUCCUUGCAGCACUAUGAGGUGAUGCCCCGGUUCUGCGACCCGCCUCUGUUCAGCAUGGAGCGCGCGGCCACCGCGCUGCUGGGGGUUCGCUGCUACGGCACCCACCUGAACGGCUACACCUGGCGCGGGGGCCGCCCCUGCAUGUGGCUGGGCCGCCGCGCCCCCACCAAGCCCACCUACCCCGGCCGGCUGGACAACCUGGCGGCGGGGGGCAUCACGGCAGGGCUGGGGGUGAUGGAGACGCUGGUGAAGGAGUGCCAGGAGGAGGCCUGCAUCCCCCCCACGCUGGCAGCCAAGGCCCGGCCCGUGGGCACCAUCAGCUACACCUAUGAGGACCAUCGGGGCAUCUUCCCCGAGUGCCAGUUUGUCUUCGACCUGGAGCUGCCCGAAGACUUCGAGCCCCACGUGGGAGACGGGGAGAUGCAGGAGUUUUACCUGUGGGGCCUAGAUGAGGUGAAGAACGCCAUCGCCUCAGGUGACUUCAAACCCAACUGCGCGCUGGUCGCCCUGGAUUUCCUCAUCCGGCACGGCCACAUCCAGCCCCACCACGAGCCCCACUACGCCGAGCUGGUCGAGGGGCUGCACCGGACCCUGUGAGACAUCGCCGCUCGUCUCCGCUUCUGCCGCCCCCGCCCAGCGACCACCGCUCCAGUGCCAACGGCGCCAGGACGCAGGGCCCAGCCCUUCUCCACCACGCCCCCCGGCACCUGCCUGAAUAAAGCCUGCCUCCCCGCA